UGUCCACUAUAUAUAUAGUAUCUGAGUGUAGCAGUGAAACAGUAGAAGAAAGCGGGAGAGUUUUAAAGAUGAGUGCAGUUUAUCUGCUGCUGCUGCUGGUGCUGGGCUGCAGUUUGUUGGAGGGACAGUCAGUCAGGGUGAAUAGCAUCACUCUGAGGGGUUCUGAAGACAGAGGAGACAGAGAGAACGAGAUUCAGGCUGCUGAGAAUCCCACAACUGAAGCUACAACCACAACCUCCACCCAACAAAGCUGCCAGCAGGACAUCCACUCUGUACUGAGAGAGAUGAGCGCUGUGCUGGCAGAGCUGAAAGUUGAACAGAGACACACGACGACUGCAGUGAACAACUUAGAGAGCAGACUGAGAGCCAGUGAGAGUCAAGUGGAGGAGCUGAAGAAGAAGAGUGAAGAGAAGCUGAACGACUUGAAAACAUCUCUCAACCAUGAAGGAAUCAAGAAUCAAGAGAAGCUGAACGACUUGAAAACAUCACUCAACAAUGAAGUGGAGAUCUUAAAAAAGGAGAAUCAAGAGAAGCUGAACGACUUGAAAACAUCACUCAACAAUGAAGAAAUCAAGAAUCAAGAGAAGCUGAACGACUUGAAAACAUCACUCAACAAUGAAGUGGAGAUCUUAAAAAAGGAGAAUCAAGCUCAGGCAGUGAAUCACAGCACACUGGAGGUGAGAUUUGAGACUGAAGUGGAUGAACUGAAGACUAAAAGUGAUGAGUCACUGAAAGACUUGAAAAACUCCCUGAAGAUCACAGAGAACAAUGUGGAGAUCCUGAAAAAGGAGAACCAAGAGAGAAAAGUGGUGUUUUCAGCAUCACUUUCAGGAGGUGAAGCGGCUAAUCAUGGACCAUACAGCAUUGAUGUUACUCUGGUCUACAAACACGUCUUCAUCAACAUCGGAAACGCUUACAACCCAGUUACAGGUAUUUUCACUGCCCCUGCCAGAGGAGUCUAUGAAUUCAAAAUCUACGCUUUUGGACUUGGUGGAAGAACUGUAUCAGUGUCCUUACAGAAGAAUGGACAUCAUGUAACAGGAGCACAUGCUUAUCAACAACCAAAUGAGGCAAAUUCCUCUAAUGGAGUCUCACUGUUACUGGAAGUAGGAGAUGUUGUCUGUGUGAAGGUCAGAGCUAAUGAUUGGGUAUAUGACAGUUGGUUUCAUCACACCACCUUUAGUGGUCAAAUGCUGUUUCCUGUUUGAGCAGUUUAACUUUAAAUGUUCAGUGUAAAGAGACUCUGUGAUUUUCAGUAACUAACUUCAGAUUAUACAUUUUAAACUC